AGAACCACAACUUUUGAUAGUCACCUCUUACUACGACUACACAAGGGUGACUACAGUGGUGACCCCCCCACUAUUUUAUAGUGCUCCCGUGUGUGUUAUCUAGCAUUUCUUGUGACGAUAUCAUCAACUUGUGAUCACCGAUAAAAUUUUCUCGCAGAGAAGUUAAUUUAAUUUUAAAGUUAUUUUGUUUCCUAAUUCAACAGUGUUAUUGUGCAUUCUAUAUCUGCAUUGGGCAAUUGACCUUCUUGACUUGUAAUAUGGCUAUAGUGAAGCCACGUGUUCUUUCUCCCCGUGUUGCUACUGCAUCGGCUACAGCGAAGCCCAAAGAUGCAAAAAAGAAGUCCGCCCCAAAAUAAAGAGAAAGCCCCCCCGACCAGAGUGAGGUCUGCCCGGGGCAAUCUCAUCAGCGCUGGACUCUACAAAAGGCUAGAGCAGCAAAAUAAAGAUCGGGAGAGUCUUCGCCAAGAAGACAAUCUCUACGGUCUCACCACCAAGGAGCUGAUAGCGAAGUAUCAGCAAUUUGUGGAGGCGAUGGUACAGAUACCAUCUGGAAUAGCUGCGAUCAAUAAAAUGAUCACAGAAUACUACGCUUCAAGAAAGAAAGCGUAUCAAACCGGGGAGAAGCUUGGAGAGCUCCCUGGAAAGCUGGCUUGCCGCUGCAAGUUGGCUGAAUGUGGUGAGUGCCAAAUUAAAGCACUCAGAGUGGAACUGGUCGCACAUAGACGCGAACAGUUCUCUCAGGCGGAGAAGAUAAGAUCUGUUUUGGUCAAUUUUAUCCAACAACACUCCGCCAUUAGAACUGCGACCCCGCCCCCGACAACGAACGGAUGGACAGUGAUGAACUGCGACAGCCGAAACAGUUAUCCCAAUUGCCGCCAACGAAGGAAGGCACGUCGUCGUCAACGUGUUCUCUUGCGCCAGGUCGCCCAACUGCAAGUUUUAACUCCAAAUCCGGCGUCUGGUGAACCGUCUGAUCAGGACCAAUAUCUCCAGCAUCAACGUUUUCUGCGUGAGUUGUUCAACUUAUUGGAAAACACAUACUCACCCUUGCUGGGCGUGCCACCUGCACCUAUUUUACAAUAACAACUUAUCUGCUGUCACUCCUUUACCCCUAUGGGAUCCUCGCCAUCUAAGGAAGUGCAACAGGCUCGCCCUUGGUCCGGAGCGAUUGUCUACUUUUCAUUAUAAUCACGUUACUAAUAAUCAGCCUACUUUGGACUGCUUACCGUGAGUACCGGCGUCGUCCACAUCAACACAUAAACAAAAAGGUUCCCCAAGCCAGCCGCAAACUGUCACGCUUCGUGCCAUCCGACCCCGAAUUAUGGUUAUGCAUGGUGGAACGAAGCUUUGAGGCCUUAGGGGUCACAUCUGAAUCGACAAGAUUCGGGUAUGUAUUAGGCAAUUUGGAUCCGCGGUACGCAGCCGAAGUGCGUGACAUCAUCAUUAUCAUUUAAUAUGUUUUGCAGAUUACCGUGUCUGCGAGUGAAAUAGAAGCGCUUUUAAAUACAAACACUUCGCCCGAAAUCGAACUAAUGAACGAUGUAGUUGAUUGGGAAAAGGUAAUAUCACAACCAGAUAAAAUAGAAUUUGGUUGAAAACACUAAUCUCUGUAUAGAACACAAUUUCCAGCGUUUUUUCAAAUGUUUUGCUUUUUAGGAUCCUGUCAUAAACCUUAAAUCACAAAGUAGUUCUUCUGAAACAAAUUUGCAAAGUGUUUAUAUGCCUUCCACUGAUCGAGAUUCUAACCGUCAAGAAAAAUUAACACUUACAUAUUCUGAAGAUGUACUGGUAAAAGUUUCUAUUGCUACUUUAUAGAUAAUCGAUAAACAAACAACACUAUUUUUGAAUGAGCUCACUAUUGUGCAUUCGAGCUGGUAAUUUAACUAAACCUUAGUCGAGUGCAGGACAUUUCAUUGAAAUACGAUCAAUGAUUUAUGAGAUAGGAGGAUUAUGUAACUAAUUAAAUUACCAAAACUUUUAAGAAAGUUUACUGUAGGAACACAAUCAUCACCUGAAACAAUUAUUACGUUCCUAAAACAAAUUUUCAUGAAAUGGUAUUUUAUUCGUAAUAUUAUGGAUAAGUUUCAAAAAUUGGUACCUUCUGUUCUCACCAUUUUACAAGAAUGUUUCCAUUAAAGACAUUUUAUAGGGUAUUCUGUGUUAACUUUUUAACUAUUAGGUUUUAUUAGAAUUCAUAGCGGCGAUUCUAACAUAACCGUUCAUUUCGACCAUGGUCCAUAAAGCCGAACCUUUAUUAACUCCAUUUUGGGUCUUAGGUUUUGUUGAAUUUUUUUUGUUGUUUAACUUGUGUAAUUCUCGCCUUAAUUUUUCAGACGGUGAUUGUUAAACCGCUCGUUUGAUAUCAUUAAUAUUAAUUUUCUUUACUUUAAAUGGGGCGCGGCGGAAAAGAAAAGGUUA